AUCAGUAAACAGCUGAUCAUCAUCAUCAACAUGUCGGAGACAUUUUACUUUAACUUAUUUAUGUUUUUUCUUCUGUCUGUUUCUGGAUCCGAUCCAGAGGUUUCCUGUGUUUUCAGACAGAGCUGCAUGUUACCCUGUCAGAUCCAGAGUGGCUCUGAUCCGCUCAUCCACUGGUACCAAGUGACAUCUGAAGAUAAUCUGGUUCACUCCUACUAUAGUGGCAGAGAUCAGAUGGGUUACCAGAACCAGAACUUUCAGAACCGGACAUCACUGUUCCAGGAUCAGAUCUCCAGAGGAAACGCCUCUCUGCUGCUGAAGGAGGUGAAGAUCCAGGAUGAGGGGAGAUAUAAAUGUUACACCAGCACCAUCAGAGGAUUUAAAGAAUCAUUUAUAAACAUGAAAACAGAAGCUCCAGUCUCUGACAUCAGGAUCCAUCAGGAUGGAAACAGGAUCACCUGCAGCUCAGAGGGGAUCUACCCUCAACCUGAACUCACCUGGUCCACUGAGCCUCCAUCCAACACGACUCUGAAUGAAAGUACCAGGAUCCAGGAAACUGAAGAUCAACUUUACAACAUCAGCAGCUCUCUGAUGGUUCCAGACAAUGAGACUGAUUGGACCUACAGCUGCACCAUCAGAACCAGGAGCAACAACAUGACAGAAACUUUUAAAAAAUCAGAUAAAGAAGAUUUUUUAUUCUGGGUGCUGAUUGGUGGUUUGGCUGCAGCAGGAGUGGCUCUACUAAUCAUUACAGUAAUGAUAAUCAGAUGUUUAUGUAAAAGAGUUAAAAAUAAAAAGAGUAAAACUGGAUCAGCAUCAGAUGGAAAUCCUGAAAACAGAGAGAGUUUUGAGAAGACCCCUUUAAACGGUAACAUACAAGGAUCUGACAUUCAAAAAGAAUCAAGUGAACAGGAAAAUACAGAAGAUGCUACCGAAGAGAAGUCCAGCGAGAGGGACCCCUUGAAAACAGAAUGAUUCCAGAUGUGCUGCAGCUGUGAGGGGGCGGAGCCUAAAAGAAGAAAAAGGAGAGAAAAAUGACUGGAAACAAGAAAACCAGACAAACAGGAGAAACUAGGAAACAACAAAGAUCCAAAACAUCAAGAAUCAACUGAACACAAAACAACAGAGAACUGAAGUUAAUCUAUAAAAUAUAAGUUUUAUAGAUUAAAUGUUGCUGAUGAAGG